AUGGCCCCCUCAAACAACGAACGAGCCGCCACGGCGACAAAUGGCGACGCGAUGGCCAAGAUUGGACCUCACCCAGGCUUCAUCUCGAGCUCCAACCAAUACACAACAGAACUCAAGCUCCGACGAAUGCUCAAGGACAACGGCUGCGACCCGGCAAGGCAGGAUAAUUACCGACUGCAGGGCGUGCAGCUGAUUGACAAUGUCAGAGAGUACUUGCAGCUGCCUGUUCGAACGUUUGAUACCGCAUGCACGUAUUUCCACAAGUUCCGACUAAACUUUCGCGACGCCGAGUACAACUACCAGGACGCAGCGCUGGCCGCUUUGUUUGUAGCGUGCAAGGUGGAGGAUACCAUUAAAAAGUCCAAGGAAAUUCUUGCCGCUGCGUAUAAUGUCAAGAAUCCGGAGAAACCUGCAGCUUCCGAUGACAAGAUCUUUGACUCUCCGGGAAAAAUCAUCAUCUGCCUCGAACGCUUGAUCCUCGAAACCAUCGGCUUCGAUUUUCGUACACGAUACCCUCAGAAGCUCCUCGUCAAGGUUGUACGGGAAAUAUUGGGCAAGGAGGGCAAGUCAUUCUUCGAGACUGCAUACGCCAUGUGUAUCGACAUGUACAAGACGUUUGUGCCCAUCAAGCGCACAACCUUUUCCAUGGUCAUGGCUGUCGCGGAGCUCACGGCUCUGAUGACAGAACAGCAUGUUGAAAAGGUGCAAGAGUACGGGGCCAAGAAACCCCAAUAUCACCGAGGUGCCGUCAUGGAGACGAUGCUCGACAUCCUCGAUCUCUACGUACAGCACCAAAAGUCGACCAAGCUUGGACCGCAGUUUGACCAGAACAAGAUCAUCGAUAUCAAGAUCCGGCUUAACAACGAUCUUGACAAGGCAUUCGAGCCGCGGCAUCUGUUCUUCUGCACCCGCUGCGAGGCCGAAGAUCCUCAACCCCAGACACCAGCCUCGGCCACAUCCCCAGCGACUUCUAACUCUUGGCCUGGAGAUGCUUCUGGACGUAGGACUGCAAGGGGUCAGGAUGGAACUAUGAGAUUUGUGUUCGACCCUGAAAGUGCCAAGCAGGAGCAAGAGACUACAGGGGAGUACUUCCGAGAGGAGUAUGAGGAGUAUGAAGUCGAGGUUGAGGAGCCGGUACCUCCGCCACCUCACCAUGAAGGCGGACGUGGAGGAGGAAGGGGGAGACAUUAUUGA